GAAGUGGAUGAGGAAACACAAACUGCUGUUGUAAGAGUUCAUUCAAUCAUUCAUAAUUACAAUUCAAAUUUAGGAUACGGUAACUUAUUACUCAAUUUUAAAUGUUUCUUCUAUGCAGGAAGACUUCCAACACCGCCAAGCUGCUGGUGAAACAGAAGAGGAAGCAUUUGAGGCCAUAUUCGGGAAAGAACAACCAGGUCGGGUAAGGUUGUAUGGAAGAUCUGUGACAAAGACUGAAUUAAAAAAACAUGCUGAAAUUAAUGAAAUCAAGAAUCAGCACAAAGAGGAAGUGUCCAGUCUGAAGGAUAAACUUGGACACAUGGAGGCCCAACAGCAAAAACAAGAGGCCAAACAGCAAAAACAAGAUGAAGAGAUUCAUGGGUUGCGAAAUAUGAUCAAGUUAUUACUGCAGCGAUCGGAACCUGGAAUGAGGCCAGAAGAACUAGAAGCUUUAUUACAAGAUGCCCAACAGUCUCCUAUUGAUGCGAAUAGCGGCCAUGGAUCAACACAUUUUCCGAACUUAGAUGUGGGUAACAAUGAAGAUUAAACAAUGAAGAUAAAGCUGACUAUUAUUGUGGUUUAUUGGCUAAGAUAGAAUGCUACUUAGAAUCUUUACAUGUAUGGUUGACUAAUGAUUUUUAUUAGAAGAUACUUUUAUUGGCUAAGUGA